GAAAUAACCAUUUUUCUGUGCAAGGGGCAGAGGGGAGCGGGGCAAAGGACCACAGCUGAAGAGAUCGUCUCGUGCCAGCCGUGAUCUGUGAGGCUUCGUGUGCGGUGUGCUGUAAGGAAAUGCGUGCCCUUCUCCUCGUCUGCCUCAUCAGCGGCUGCCCGCCCUUCAUGCGGCGUGGUGGAGCGUUCCGGAUGGUCCAGGAACCAGACGGUGAGAGUGUGGCAUUGGUCAACACACAUCAUGCACUUGGUUUGACUCGUUGCAAUUCAGGAGGCUGUGUGGAGGACAGCAGGAGAUCUAGUGACUGCUCAGAUGAAGACCAUGUCACCGUGGCCCCUCCAGCGAAUGCCACGUGUUACGAAUGGGAUUAUACCUACGAGGGCUUCGAUCUGCCUGACGAGCUCGGCCUUGGCCACACUGUCGCCAGACCAUAGUAAGACAACAAACACACCGACUGACGUCGACAGCCAAGGAAGGCCACGGCUACUUUACCGCACUCAUUCCCCUGUUGGCCCUCUGUGUUUGCAGUGACUGUCAGCGGGGGUGUGCGAGUAAUGAGAGGUGUGUGGGGUGGACGCACUCGAAGAUUGAGGGCUGCUACCUGAAGUCAUCCAACGCGGGGCGGAAGCCCAUGCCGCCAAACAAGACCGAGACCCAGGAGAACUGGUUCGUGUCGGGCGACAAGUUCAGUACUGACUGCGACAGGGGGUCGCUCGUGUCGCCCUGUUACGAAUACAAUGUAAGCCCAGGGCAGACACACGGCACCACCAUAGCUAUGCAUGGUGUCAACUGAUGGAUGGAUGGUCUUCCUUCCGUUCCGCUCUCGUGUCCUCAGGUAGCGUGCAUCACCGGUUGGGCGCGCAGCCAUUACCGCGAGGGCAUGGCCAAUGUGACGCUGGAGGAGUGCCAUGACUUGUGCCGCGGCGUGCCGAUGUGUACGGUCUUCGCGUGGCACCAUCGAUACCCGAGGGACAUGAAGGUCUACGAGAACAUGUGAGCCCCCCAACCAACACACACACACCCAGUACUCACUGGUCGUUGUCCCUCCCUGUCUGCCUCAUUAAUUAUGUCAGGUGCAUCCUCUGCAACAACAAAGACAGGAAGAUCUGUACGCCAGGGGCAAUAAUGGGCCAGGUGGAGGGACGCGACUGUGGCCCCCCUGCCAGCAUCACAUUCCCGCCACAGCCCUUGCCGCCGCUGACUGAGGAUGGCAUGCACGGAAAGCUGGCCGACCCAGCGAAGUACUGGGGGCUUCCGACUGACAGCAACGCCAGGGCCCUCGGCAAAGAGGGAACGGCAGAGGAGCUGGCGUACCAGCGGGGCGAUCUCGGAGUGCCAUCCUUUCUGAGCAAGCCGCUGCGCUACGGCGUCACCGUCAAUGACACGGACAACAACGUCUACUACCAUCUGGAGAACUGCGGAUGCUGUAAGCCCUUGCCGGCACGCAAAUGGACGGAUGGAUGGAUGCAUCUGGUCCAUCGGCUGUGUGAAUGCAGAUCACUUGGGCGUACAGCCGGAUCCCAAGUCGUCAACGCUGCUGGCGAGCAUGAAGUUGUAAGCCACCUCCACACGCGACACGACACACGUGUGUGUUCCUUGGCACCUGUGUGGCUAUGGAUGUGUGCUGUGCUGUGCUGUGCGGGUGGCUACAUCUGACAGGCAACUAUACCCUGCCGAGCAGUGCCAGCAGCUGUGUCAGGAGGACGCCCAGUGUGAGGCCUUCACAUCUUCGUUCUUCGUCUGUCUGCUGUGGAAGGACGUCUCUAAGUGGGUUUUGGAUCAAGUGGAGCCCAUUGUGGUCUCAGGCCCCAAAUGGUGCCCGGCAGCGCUGAUUGACGCCGGCUACUCGUGUUCGAUUGAGCACUACCGAGCACGGUUCAGUUCCUGGGCUCUGCUGUUCCUGUAUGUGCCGAGCGAUGUCACGAUGCCCUAUGGGCAAAGCUGCCCGUUCCACGUAGGACCCAGGCACCCUCAGAGGAGCGAACGACAAUCUUGUCUGUCUGUUCAUUCAGAUUGACGUUGGCGUUAUUGCGUUUCUGAUGGUGGCGUGUGUGCUGCUGUUGACGGCUGGUGGGCUGGCGUGGCACAGCAGGAGGAGGCAUGGCAACACAGUCGUCUGGCGAGUCAUGGUGGCGACCGUCGCAAUGCUGGGCACCGUGUUCCAACGUAAAGACCGACAGCGCCUCAGAUGCAUCUGCUCUCACUCCAUCCACACGCUGCGUGUCUGUGUCUGUGUGCUUGUCUUGCGUGCGUCAGUCGCCUUUGCGGCGUUCCUGUUUGUGGAUUCUUACAAAGGGUGGCUCGUGUACGUCACUAUGAUCCACCUCAUCUGCAUGGUCCUCUUCAACGAAGUGGUGGUCAUCCUCAAGAACCUCAAUUGGGUCAGUCAGUGCUCAGUGCAGUGCGUGGCUAAUGUAUGCCACCACACCACAAGACUCUCUCGGUCUCACAUCUGUGUUUGUUUGUGUGUGGAUGCAGGUAAUGUCAGACCCAUCCUAUCGCCAGUGGUUCGACUCCUCGUCUACAAGCCCCGACAGACGGACCUUCAAGCUGCAGGGCAGUGACCGAGGGAGAGGCCACGGAACCCUCCUUAAGAAGGCCGUGACCUGGUGUACCGUCGAGAACAGGCUCUCCGGGUCCACGUCGACGCCGCCAGACGAGGACGAGGACGAGCUUGACAAGGACGAGGACGAGGACGAGCCUUUCACCAUCAAUUUUCCUAUUGACCUUCUCAGUGAUGCCACGGUGUUCCCUCCCUCCCUGGUUCUCCACCACCACCAGGAGCAGGAUGAGCAGCAGCCUGCCCGGCCGGAAGUCGAGCCACACGAGCAUCCGCAUGGCGACGAGGCCAUCCUGUCCGUGCAGUCGGUGGAUGAUGCCACCCCGCCCGGCACGCACUCCUUGCCGACCUUCUCGGCCUCCCUGGAUGACUCCUUUGGUGUGUCGACCGACAUGCUGGUCAAGGAGCCGCACCGUGGUGCGGAGAUCAGGGCCAGUGAUUCCCUAGAGUGGGAGGAGGGCAGGGGGCUCAUGUUCGUCCUAUUCGCCAGGUGAGUGAGUGGCGGAACAAACAAGACAGACAAAGGAGGGGGGAGGGAGGGAGGGAGGGAGGGAAGGAGGAAGGUGGGAUGGUAAGUGUGCAUUGUAUCGGUGCAUAUGUCUGUCUGUCUGUCUGGUGUGUGUGCAGCUUCUUCUCCAUCUCGGUGCUCCACGUGUGCUGGUCGAAUUUGUGGAGCCGGGCGUUCUUUGCCAUCCCAGUGGCGUCCGACGCCUUCGUGUCGCUGGAGCUGCUCUCACUCGUCGGAUCCCUUCCCAUGCUCGCAAUACAGGUACCUAGGUCAGAGAAGCCCCUCCCCGGCUUGACUCCUGCGUGCAUGCGUCCAUGUGGUGGCUCCUUCCUGUGUUGUUCUCACUUGCUGUCUGACUGGCAGGCGUGUGCGGUGUUCCUGAGCAGCAGCGACGGAUUCCUGGCUGCCUAUGUGCCCCCCGUGACCCUCACGUGUCUGGUGCUGUCAGCGAUUAAUGUCGUCGGCGUGUUGGUGCGGUUUGUGUGGUGGCUCGUCGCGCGACGGCAGCCUCCGAAGGGCAAGUAGUCAGGUCGGACAUGCGUGCUGCCGUGGUUGAUGGGGCGGCACCGAUGGAUGGGUGGAUGGAUGGAUGGAUGGAUGGGGGGCAUCAAUACGUGUGUGCCUGGCUUUGCCCAUCAAGAAAUCCGUGUGCCCGAAGAUUCAUCCGUUUGUGUGUAUGACAUACACACACGCUCAUGCCAACACGCUGGCUUCAUCCACAUGUGGGCAGCUGGUGUUUUAUGCUAUGCCGACAGGCUGUUUGUGACCAUGGUGUUCUCUCGGUAUGCAUGGGUGUUGGGAGGGGGAUUGGUGCAUUCAUGUGUUCUUGGUGCAUUCAUCUGCAGUGAGUUUAAGGGAGGGUGAGUUCUUUCAAAAGGGGACACGACACGUCCGUCCCAAGGUUUAUAAGUUGCUGAUUGUGCAUCAUGCCGUGUGAGGUUUCUGAGAGCUUCAUACUGUGCGGCUUGUUUGCCCGUCCACCCCAUCCCCUCGUUCGUCCGUCCGCCCGCCUGCGGGAGCAGGCACUGGCCGAUCGAGUGUAGGGCAUGCAGGCAGACAGACAGGCCGCUGUCGUGUGCCUGCGUGCGGCGAAAGAGAGACAGGAAAGAGAAGUCCGCCGCCUUUGAAGCGAUGUGUGUAUGUGUAUGUGUGUGUAUGCAUAUUUGCAUGCCAUGCCACUCCCUCCUUGUGAUUUUCGUUCGUACAACGGGUGUUGCCGCAUAGCCUAUGUAGGCUGCGUGUCCGUUGGUGUUUUCUGUGCUGCUCGGUGCCUGCCUUCCUGCUGAUAGAUCGGCAUUCGGUCGUCGAUCGACGAUUUUGGCUGGUGUGUGAUUUACCUUCGUGUGGUGUGUGGGGACGGCACCUCAGGUGCGUGGGAUGCCCUCCUCACUCACACAUAGACAGAAAGGGACGUCCGGACAUUCAUUGGUUGCCAGCUCAGCCCUCCAUUGACGUCUGUGUGAGUGGCUGGCUGGCCGGGAUUUGUGUGGUUUGUAUGGUCUCUAUGCAUUACAUCAGUCACAUCAGACAGACAGACAGGCAGUACCUUCCUUCCUACUGAGGGCAGGGGUGACGCCACGUGAGUGAGGGCAUUUUUGCCGCCUCUCCCGGCCUGGCCGCGGCCUGUGUACGUACGUAUGUGUAAUGAAUGAAUGAAUGAAUGGCUGGCUUUGCCUACCGUGCCGUGCCGUGCGUGAUUCAUGGCCGGAGAUAUGGAUGCAUCCAUGUGCGCAGCGCGAGUUUGUUUGGUGCUUAUCGCUCCUGGAACCAACUGAGCUGUCGCUCGAGAGUGCGUGUGAGGCUGGGACACUCACUGCUCUGCUUGUGUGUCCAGCCCUGUAUUGUCUGUCUGUCUGUCUGUCUGUCUGUGGUUGUGUUUUUUCUAUACGUCCGUAUGCGGUCAUGUGUGUAUAAUAUGUCUGUCGUCCCACUCUCCUCCUCGAUGCUUCCUUCCUGUGACUUAAGGCGGUGUUCCGACUUGAUGGUCUGGAUGUUUCUUCCUUUGUGUUCGUACAGCGCCGUACGUACCGACAUUUUGCGACUCAUGCAGACGAUGAUCAGACGUGCCCUGACCGCUUUAAGGGCAGGAAUGCAAAG